AUGACUACCCUAUCUCGUCAUCACUCUACCGAUCGUCGUGGUCGCCUAUUCGCCCGUUGCCCAAGCCCUGCUAUGCCUUCUUAUGACUCCUGGUAUGGCCAAGCUAAACGCUUGGAGUUCGAUGGCGAUCUAAAAGGUGCAUUCUCUGCCUUUAUGGAGGCCAUAGCCCGUGGUGAUAGAGUUGACUCAUCCCUAAAGGACGUUGCUGGUCUACUCAAUAUGGUUGGUCAUGUCCACGCAGCUGUAAGGUUCCUCGAGGACCACAGGGGUCUUGCUUCUAAUGUUAUUGGCUAUGAGAACCUUCUAGAGAGGCUAAAGAUGGAGGCAGACCGAGCUGAUGUCCUAGCUGCUUCUGCUAAGGCUACUGCAUCCUCUACACACAUGCCUGAUAACAUUAUACCAACAACACUCAGGAUCACUGCCUCUGAAGAAGGAUGUAAUAACGAUUCGUCGUCCUCCUCCCAUUCGGUUACACCCUAUACCUGCGAGAGGCUCUUCCCCAACCCUCACAAGAUCCGAGCUAUUAUCUACCUCAACCCAUCCGGCACAGAUUGCCUAGUGGACUUUGGUACGAACUCAGCAGCUAGGAAGGCUCUUAACGUCCCCAAGCUGGUCGACCAUUACCUCAUCGAAUGGGCCACUGAUGUCUGGCAGGAGUUGUCAAAGCGCCUCGCUGUACGGCUACAUCUUGAUAAGGAGCAUCAUAGACUGCUAUUGCCUAGUACCACUGGUGAGGGUAAUGGAGACCUUCAACAAUUGAGUUCGAGGACAAGGCAGAACUACAUGGCUGCUUUCAAGAACCUAUUCGAAACUCCUACCUUUCAGCGAGGAGAUCCUCUUAUCGAAGAGGUUAUACCCUUAUACCAAGAAGGCUUGCAUUGA